AUAUGUAGUCUGUUCUUUUUAACUGCACUGCCGAACUGGUGCAUUAAUUAGAAUGAGAAAAAAAUAUUGUUGUUUCAUUCUAACUUAUUACACCAAUUUACCAUACAGCUUAAAAGCAUAGACCAUUAGUUUCUCCGUUAGGAGCCGCCACUAUUUAUACCGCCAAAUUGAGCUCGUAGUAUGACCUAUCAAUGAUAGGUUAAACAGAUAUUUAUUCCAAGUAGUUAUACCAUUUUUCUUAUCAGUGAAAAAAGAAUGUUGAAAAGUCUUUUUUGCCCAUAUGGUUCAUAUAUUUAUAUAUGAUUAAUUAUUCCUUAUUAAAUUUCUCUUCUUUUUCUUAGUGUUAUAUUACAGAUCUAAAAGUAAUUGAUGAAACAAGUAAUUCGUAACUACAAGGAGAAAGCAAGUUUGUAGAAAGCAAGUUCGCAGGAUGGAAAUCGACAAUGUGUACGAAAAUGAUGAAAAUGAUGACGCUAAAGACAUCUGUGCAAAUCUCAGGAAAUCAAUUCCACUAUUAGGAGAAUUAUUCCAUAUACAUUGCAAAGUUGGGGAAGGUGCAUUUAGUUCUGUUUUUCUGGCUACUAUAAAGUCUUCUAAUGGAAGGAAGAAAUUUGCAUUGAAACACUUGAUUCCCACUUGUCAUCCUGAAAGAAUUGAACGUGAAUUGAGAUGUCUGCAACAGAUAGGAGGUAAAGAGUAUGUUGUUGGUUUAGAAUUGUGCUUGAGAAAUCAUGGCUCAGUAGUAUUUGUAAUGCCAUAUAUGAGACAUGAUAAAUUCCCAGAUUAUGUGAGAGACAUGACUGUUGAAGAAACAAAGAAUUACAUGAGAGCUCUACUAAGUGCUCUACGAAGAGUUCACAAAUUCAAUAUCAUCCAUAGAGAUGUCAAACCAAGUAAUUUUCUCUAUGAUCGUAUUAAUAGAAGAUAUUUAUUAAUAGACUUUGGUCUUGCUCAACAAAGUAGUGUGGAAAAUUUCAAAGCUGCGAAAGAAACUAACAUAAAAAACAUAGAGAUAAUACCAGCCAUGAAACGGAAAAGAUUGGACGAAAAUAAUAUGAAUCUUAAGUUGAACAUUACCACAAAAAGAAUUGGAGAUAACAAAUGUAUGUGUUUUGGCAAACCAAGAGUUUGUUCGUUAUGCUCAACAAAACCACAGGAACAGGCACCUCGUGCGGGUACACCCGGUUUCCGCGCUCCAGAAGUUUUAUUGAAACAUCCCUCACAAACUUCAGUGAAGAAGGAAAGCAAAUUUUCAGCGAUUGACGUUUGGGCUAGUGGUGUGAUGAUGCUAUGUAUACUGAGUAGCACGCAACCAUUUUUCCGUUCCCCGGAUGACUGUACAGCUUUAGCGGAAAUAACGUCGAUGUUUGGAACUUGUAAACUGCAGCAGUGUGCGCAAAAAUUAGGUAAAAAAGUUAUUUUUAGCAAUAAUUUACCAGGCAUUGACAUUAUGCCCCUAUGUCAAAAGUUACAGAAAAGAAAUAGAAGCAUGACAUAUGAUAGAGAUAGUACAUGCAAGAAGGUAUUGCCAGAUAUCGAAUAUCCCAAGGAAGCGUAUCAUCUUUUGACGAAACUUCUAGACCUAGACUACAAAACACGUAUCACUGCAGAGCAAGCAUUAUCUCACCCAUUUUUGAGUUCGUGAUAUAUACAAAACACUGUAAAAUAUUUAUAAAACUAAGUAUAUUUAAUUCAAACUUUAUAUGUAUAUAUAUUUUUCACGCGCAUAUAUAUCAUUAGCGUACAAAUAAAUACCUUAAUGGUAUUCCAUUUUA